AUGCUGGUAAAAAGUUUGGAAGCUGGAGACCAUAUAACGCACUUUAACAGUACCUUCCAAAUCUUGAGAAGAUAUAGGAUGAGGCUCAACCCCCUCAAAUGCGCCUUCGGAGUGGCCUUCGGCAAAUUCUUAGGAUACAAGGUCAACCAGCGUGGUAUUGAAGCCAAUCCUGAGAAGAUUGAGGCCCUAUGCAAGAUAAGGUCCCCCCAAAAGCCAAAGGAGGUGCAAAGCUUAACUGGACGAGUGUCCGCACUUAGCCGCUUCGUCUCCAAGGCUACGGAUAAAUGCCUCCCAUUUUUCAAAGUGCUAAAAGUUGGGAAGAAGUUCCAGUGGAAUGAGGAAUGUGAAGACGCCUUCCAGGGUCUGAAAAGGCACCUAGGGCAGGCCCCCAUCCUCUCCAAACCGAAGCCCAGUGAAAUCCUACAGCUGUAUCUAGCCGUCUCCAAUGAGGCCAUCAGUGCAGUUCUAACUCGAGAAGAGGGAACCACCCAACUCCCUGUCUACUAUACAAGUAAAGCACUCCUAUCGUCGGAAACCCGCUACCCCAAUAUGGAGAAGCUCGCUUUGGCCUUGAUCACGACUUUCAAGAAGUUGAGACCCUACUUCCAGGCCCACACCAUCCACGUGCUAACAAAUUUUCCCCUAAGGCAGGUACUCCAAAAUUCAGAUGCCUUAGAGAGAUUAUUGAAAUGGGCGGUAGAGCUAAGUGAGUUUGACCUCGUGUUCAAGGCUAGGGCAGCCAUCAAGAGCCAGGCCUUAGCUGACUUUGUGGCAGAAUUCGCCAACUUACCUGAGGUGGACGAAAUCACGGAACAAGCCAAGCCCCCAACAUGGAACCUAUUCGUUGAUGGGUCGGCUGGGGACGCCGGCUCAGGGACUGGAGUUGUCCUCAUUAGCCCAGAAGGUCACAAGCUAACCUUGGUAGUGAGGUUCGGGUUCAAAGCCACCAACAAUGUAGCACAAUACGAGUCACUUCUCGCAGGCCUCAGGUUAGCUAAAGAAAUGCAAGUAAAGAGGCCACUCAUCGGUAGUGACUCCCAGCUAGUCGUUAACCAAGUCAACGGUAACUUCUCAGCUAGGGACAAAACAGUGGCCUCCUACUUGAAAAUGGUGAUGAGCCUCAUCCCCUCCUUUGAAAAGUUUGAGUUUCUCCAGAUCCACCGCAUUGAAAACGCACAAGCGGAUGCACUCUCCAAACUUGUAAGUAGCAAGAAUUUCGAACUACUCGCAGUAGUCCCUAUAGAGCACCUUCUCAUGUCAUCAACCGAGGCCCCCAAUGUAAUGUGGGUCACUGGGACUCCUACUUGGAUGCAGCCCAUCGUGGCAUACCUCAAACACCAGGUACUUCCCACUAACAGGCAUGAGGCCUACAAGCUAAAGAGGAGGUCAGCCCAUUUCCUCUUCAUUGAUGAUGUACUCUAUAUUAAGACAGGGGUACUACUAGCCUACCUUAAAAAGGGAGCCCUUGAGUUUGUUCAAAAAUGUGAUAAAUGCCAACGAUUCUCUCCUGUCCAAAGACAACCAUCACAAGAUUUGACCACGGUCUCCAGUCCUUGGCCUGUCUUGAAGUGGGGUGUGAACCUCAUAGGUCCUCUACCAAAAGGUAGAGGAGGUGCAAGCUUCGCAAUUGAGGCCAUUGAUUACUUCACAAAGUUGGUUGAAGUUGAAUCCCUGGCAAAAAUUACAGAAGCCAACACUUCCAAGUUCUUAUGGAAGAAUAUCAUACGCCGGUUUGGGAUUUCCUACUCGAUUGUCUCAAACAAUGGUAGACAGUUCGGCAACAAGAAGGUUAGAAGUUUAUGUGAAGAACUUGGCAUCAAGAAGUACUUCUCCACACCUCACCACCCACAAGCAAAUGGCCAGGUUGAGGCUGUGAACAAGACAAUCAAGCACGUCCUGAAAAGGAAGCUCGAUGUGUCAAAAGGGCCCUGGGUGGAUGAGCUCCCACAGGUUCUUUGGACAAUCCGAACCACCACGAUGACCCCAACAGGGGAAACACCUUUCCUCAUGGCAUAUGGGACCGAGGCGAUGAGCCUCGUCGAGGUCGGACUUCCAUCCCCGCGACGUCUGCAUUUCAGUGAUAUAACAAACGAUGAGCUUCACAGGUGCGACCUUGACUUCACUGAAGAAAGGAGAGAUGACGCCCAGCUGAAGCUUGGAGAGUUGUCCUCUCCUCUGAGGAACCUAGCACCGGUUCCCUGGGCCCGAACUAGGAAGGUCCAUAUAAAAUCAGAGAGGAGAUCCGACCCGAGACCUUCUGGAUUGAAGACAUGA